AUGGGGGGGAUGGGGGAGAUGGGGGGGACGAGGCAGGCGCGGGAAGGGGAGAUGGAGCAGGCAGAUUUGCUUCAGUUGACGCUGCGAAGCCCCGGAAUGGUCGCGCCAGGCGCUCACGGUCUUGCCAAGUCGUCCAAGUCAAGAGGAGUCAACGCAGGGAGAGCGGCCGGAGACGGCGGCAGCAGACGCUGCCGGACGGACACGGACGAGCAGCAGCAGCAGCAGCAGCAGCAGCAGCAGCAGCAGGAUGGAGCCUUUGCAGGCUGUGAGAUCACCACGUGCCGCGGUGACGGCGGAGAGUUGACUCUAGCCACGUGCUCUGGCGCAGUCAGUGCGGUGAUAUCACAGGACGCUUCGGUGCAGAGGUUUCCUGUCGGCGCCCGUGAGGGCCUUGUAACGCGUAUGGAUGCAGCUGGGGAGGAGCAAGGGGCGGUGUGGGCGGGCAGAGAGGCGCGGGAAGUGGGAGGAGGGGUGGAAGCAGCGCGUUGCGGUUUGGGGUUGUGGAGAGAUGGUGAGGAGAGGUGGAGCAUAGUGGCGCACCCGACCCGCAACUCCCGUGCCCGCGCUGCAACAGCAGCAACACCAAGUUCUGCUAUUUCAACAACCGCAACCCCAACCAGCCAAGGCACUUCUGCCGCGGCUGCCAGCGGUAUUGGACGGCCGGGGGGGUCAUUCGGCAUGUGCCUGUCGGCUCGGGCCGGCGGAAAAGCAGGCAGCAGCAACAGCAGCAGCAGGUGA